AGGCCCGGCCCCGCCUCCUACACUGCCAGAGCUGCACUGACACAGGAAGGACGGUCCACGAUGGGGUUCUUUUUGUCCAAGUCCAUGGAAGACAACAUGAAGAAACAGCAGGAAUUCAUGGCAGCAAAUGGUGCCCUGCAGCUAGAGAGACAGUUGUUGAUGCAGAAUGAAAUGCGACAGAGGCAGGUAGCAAUGCAGAUCGCAUGGUCCCGUGAGUUUCUGAAGUACUUUGGAACAUUUUACGGAUUUGCAACCGUUGGCUUAACAGCAAGAGCUGUGAAGGGGAAGAGUCCAGGGUUUCUUGCCCCUAUUAUCCCCCUCAGCAUCAUUCUAGUCUACCAAUAUGACAUGGCUUAUGGCACUCUAAUGACAAGAAUGAAAGAUGAGGCAGAGAAUAUUAUCGAUACAGAAAAGGCAAAACUGGAGAUGCCAAAGGGAGUGCCAACUUUUGAAAGCAUUGAGAAAGCCAGGAGGGCUCGGAGCACAUUUUUCAUUGAGAAAUAGAAGGCAAACACAAAAAGAAAUGGGACGUAAGUCAAGAAAUCAAGGAUGAAGGAAGAAAGGAAUUCUGACAACCGAAUGUCCACAUUCAUAUAUUUUACCUCCUAAAUGAUGUGCAAGAUUUGCACUCUUGUACAUGUUAAAUAGAGCUUUGCCUUUGAAGUGACAGUGUGCCUUUUAAUUAUUUUGCUUUCCUCUUUAUUUAUGCUCUUUUGGAUCAUUCACAUCGCAAAUUCUUCAUCCCCACACCCCCACCAUCCCCGUGCGUGAAUCAAGCACAAAAUUGUUGUUUGACUACAGUAAAAAGAUGCUUUACAUUUGUUCCUGGCCGCCCUGGGUUGUAUUGCCAUCUGCAGAUCGUACACAGUUUCACAGCACAAUGAAGAAUAAAAGACUUGAUCGGA